CCAACCCAGUGGCCAAAAAAUGCGCGAAAAAUGAAAAAUAUUGGUUUUACAAGAACAUACUACUAUGCAGGAUAUACUUUCUCAAGAAUAAUCAUCUCCACGCGCUCGCUCCCUCGCGUCCAUGGCCGUGCUCCAGUCUCCUCAUCUCACUCCUCCCCCGCUCUGCUGCUGCUCGCACGCCUGCCUCUACCCAAGGUUCCUGAAACCGCCUCCGAAAUUCUCAAAUGGGGUCUGUUCCACUUCCACGGCGAGGCCGUCGGACCGGAGCGAGCUAUUAGUGGGUAAAAGCGGGGCCUUGGUUUGGAGAGCGGCGGGGAGACAGCGGCGGCGGCGGCUUGGCCUUGGCGUGACCGGAGCUGGGAGAGGCCCCUUCUUUGGCGGCGGCGGGAGGCGUAUGGACAAGGGCACCACCCGGGUCGUGGGGAACCUCACCUUCGCCGCCGUCGUGACGUACCUCGCCGUCACCGGCCAGCUCCGGUGGGUUAUUGACGCCAUCGUCUCCCUCUGGCUCCUCACAAUACUGCUGCCUGUUCUGGCUCUGGGUGCAUUUUUCUUCUUUGCAGGACAAGAUAUACUGCAGGGCGAUUGUCCGAACUGUGGAAAAAGCUUCCAGAUACUGAAGUCAGCUUUGAAGGAUGGCCCACAACUUUGUCCUUAUUGCACUCAACCUUUCUCUGUUCAGGGCAACAAAUUUGUUAGAGAAUCUGCUAGAUUUUCAUCUGGGAGGGGUGCUACUGCUACAAACGGACAAGUGCUCAAUGAGUUCUUCAACCGCAACAUGAGAGGAACAUCGCCUUCUGGAACGAUUGUGGAUGUGGAGGCUGAAGUCAAGGACGUCGAGUGAUGUUUCCACAUGAUCCUUCAUCAGUGCUCAUCAGUACCAGCUCUUAUCAGUCAGUUCAAGAAGGCAUUAUUUCUGAAGGCUAACACACUGUAGCGCCGUCUUAUCAUCAUAUAUGUUCACAUACAAUGGGAAGAAACUGGAAACUGUGAGCUAGAUCGUGUUUUGGUAAAUAUAUAUAGAUGGACACUGCGUAGUAAAGUAGGGUAGGGUGAGGAUGAUAAGAUCGCAUAUGUUAUUUGCUGGGAUAGGCGCUGUAGGGACAUGGUGUGUGUGUGUGUGUGUGUGUUUUGAUCAGGGAGAUGGUGUGUUUACUACUAGUUGUAUUUUGUUUGUGCCCGCGCGCAUGAAAAACUGGAUGAGAGGAGAGCCAGUGGGCAGUAGUGGCCUGAACUGUAUUGCAUGGAUACAACUAUGCAAUACAGCCAUAGUCUGAAA